AUGGCGGCUCUCCUGCUGGCAGCUACGCUGUCCUGCCCUGCCUGCACCUUAAUUACCAAUGACCUGCCUCAUCUUUUCUUUCCAUCUCUUAUCAGUGAAGCUAUUAAGUACCUCACAGAAGCUCUUCAGUCUAUCAGUGAAGUAGAGCUUGAAGAUGCACUGGAAAAGAUCAUUGAUGCAGUUGAAAAGCAACCCUUGUCAUCCAACAUGAUUGAACGAUCUGUAGUGGAGGCAGCAGUCCAGGAAUGCAGUCAGUCGGUAGAUGAAACUAUAGAACAUAUUUUCAAUAUCAUAGGAGCGUUUGAUAUUCCACGCUUUGUGUAUAAUUUAGAAAGAAAAAAAUUUCUUCCUCUAUUAAUGACCAACCACCCUAAACCAAAUUUAUUUGGAACAGCAAGAGAUAAAGCAGAGCUGUUUCGUGAACGCUACACCAUUUUACACCAGAGAACCCACAGACAUGAAUUAUUUACUCCUCCAGUGAUAGGUUCUCACCCUGAUGAAAGCGGAAGCAAAUUCCAGCUUAAAACAAUAGAAACCCUAUUGGGCAAUACAACCAAAAUUGGAGAUGUAAUUGUUCUUGGAAUGAUAACACAGCUAAAAGAGGGAAAAUUUUUUCUGGAAGAUCCGACGGGCACAGUACAACUGGAUCUUAGUAAAGCUCAGUUCCAUAGUGGUUUAUACACAGAGUCAUGCUUUGUUUUAGCAGAAGGUUGGUUUGAAGAUCAAGUGUUUCAUGUCAAUGCCUUUGGAUUUCCACCCACUGAGCCCUCUAGCACUACUAGGGCAUACUAUGGAAAUAUUAAUUUUUUUGGAGGGCCUUCUAAUACAUCUGUCAAGACUUCUGCAAAACUAAAACAACUAGAAGAUGAGAAUAAAGAUGCCAUGUUUGUGUUUAUAUCUGAUGUUUGGUUAGACCAAGCAGAGGUGUUGGAAAAACUUCACACCAUGUUUUCUGGUUAUUCACCAGCACCUCCAACCUGCUUUAUUCUGUGUGGCAAUUUUUCAUCUGCACCAUAUGGAAAAAACCAAGUUCAAGCUUUGAAAGAUUCCCUAAAAACUUUGGCAGACAUAAUAUGCGAAUAUCCCAAUAUUCACCAAAGUAGUCGUUUUGUGUUUGUACCUGGUCCAGAGGAUCCUGGAUUUGGUUCCAUCUUACCAAGGCCACCACUUGCUGAAAGCAUUACUAAUGAAUUCAGGCAAAGAGUGCCAUUUUCAGUUUUUACGACUAAUCCUUGCAGAAUUCAGUAUUGUACACAAGAAAUUAUUGUCUUUCGUGAAGACUUAGUGAAUAAAAUGUGCAGAAACUGUGUCCGUUUUCCUAGUAGCAAUUUGGAUAUUCCUAAUCAUUUUGUGAAGACUAUCUUAUCCCAAGGACACCUGACUCCUCUACCCAUCUAUGUCUGCCCAGUAUACUGGGCAUAUGACUAUGCUUUGAGAGUGUACCCUUUGCCUGAUCUACUUGUUAUCGCAGACAAAUAUGAUCCUUUCACUUUGACCAAUACUGAAUGCCUCUGCAUAAACCCAGGCUCUUUUCCAAGAAGUGGAUUUUCAUUCAAAGUUUUUUAUCCUUCCAACAAGACAGUAGAAGAUAGCAAACUUCAAGGUUUUUGAGAUUCUUGAAUACCAUCGAAGAAACAAAACUCAAUUUUCUGCUUAAUUUUAUAUUUCAUGUAACUUGAUAUUAGGUUACAAUAAAAUUGUAGUAAACUUUAG